GCGCCACCCAUGAGGAAGGUGAGUUCCCAAAAAGUCCUGGUGUCCCGAGUGCACGCUUGGCACCCUGGGGAGGUGGGCUGGGCGUCCUGACAGCAGAGGAGAAAGGCAGAGUCAGCCUGAGGGGACGUCUGCCCCUGGAGAGAUGGCCCUGACCCAUUCCCCAGGGCAAGACAGGAGGGAAACACCGCCACAAUCCUCUCCGGAGGCAAAGCCAAGCCCUAGGGAGGGAUUAAACCAGGCAGGGCAGGAGGAGAACUGGCAACGCGCUGCUGGGUGUUCAUUUCUGUCUGUGCUCGCAGGCGGAACGUCCGAUGUGCUGCAGGAGGCCAAGGUCCCCCUCAUCGACACCCACGUUUGCAACAGCAGUGGGUGGUACCGCGGGGCCAUCCACACCCACAACCUGUGUGCGGGAUACCCGCGGGGCGGCAUCGACACCUGCCAGGGGGACAGCGGUGGUCCUCUCCUCUGCAAAAAUGGCCAUUCUGACCACUUCUGGCUGGUGGGAGUGACCAGCUGGGGAAGAGGCUGCGCCAGAGUCCGUCGGCCGGGGAUCUACACCUCCACGCAGCACUUCUUAGACUGGAUCCUGGUGCAGAUGGGGCUGCACCCACCAGAGGCGGCUGCACCAACAGCACAGCCAACACCCACGGGCAAGGCGCCCUGUCCACUUCCACGUCGGAAGAUGGCAAAGUUUGUUAAAAUUCUCCAGGAUCUCCUGAAGGCCAUCAAGGAAAUAAUGGCUUGAGCAGCAGGAUGGGCAUGAUCUGGUGCAGUGACCCUUGCCAGUUUUGAAUCUGCACUUAAGCCUUUCAUUCAAUUCCAGCCAAUCUUUCUGUAUAACUCAGAAUUCUUUUAUUCACCAACUAAUGUUUCAAAGUUGACCGACAGGAGCUACUUUCCUCUUGUGAUCCCCUUCAAUAAAUUGAAACUUGCUGGUAAAUCAAAGUCUCAACCGAUUCCACCCACAAAAAGGCCUUAAUCCCGCACGAUGCUGGGAGCUGGUCCCUCUCCACACAUCACACUGGGACCUGGAGAGGUGCAGCGUGCCAGAAGCUGCAGUCCCUUCACGCCAUGAUAUGUGGGGAGCUGAAGCUCUUCACCCCACUGCAGGCUGCAGGCUGGUGCCAUUUGUUCCAUGGUGUGCUAAGAGUUGGUAUGGACAAGCAGUGGUAUGGACACCGUCCCCACCAGCGUUAGUACCAGAGGACAGCUGGAUAGCACAGUCAGUCUUGUUCAAGGCAGCUGUGUUCCAAGCUGACUCCAGAGAGUGCGGCUCACAAGGGUUUGGGUCCACGGGAGUGCCCGAAAUACAUUGUGUUCAGUCCUUACAAACUCAGCGUCCUGAAGAGCACAUUAAGGUUAAAAGGGGGAAAGCCAAAACAUAUUAUCUUGCAUGGGAUGAUUGACACGGGAGUAGAUGUUAUGGUGAUAUCUCAUGCGAAAUGGCCUGACCCCUGGCUGCUAAAAGCCAUAAAUCCAGCUUUAUUUGAAAUUGCUGGACUGCUACAUCCUUUCAAACUAUAAACCGCAUACAAAUUGAGGGACUCGAUGGUAAAAUGGCUGUAGUUCAACCCUUUGUUGUGCACUUUCCACUAAUCUUGUGGGGGAGAGAAGUGUGACGUGCAAUGGGAAUAGGUGUUGGAACCAAUCUACAAGAAGGGUUGCAGGGAGGAUGCGGGGAGAUACCCGCCUGUCAGUCUGACCUCAGUGCCAGGGAAAGUCAUGGAACAGGUGAUCUUGAGUGCUAUCAUGAAGCACAUGCAAGAGAACCGGGUGAUCAGGCCCAGUCAACAUGGGUUCACGAAAGGCAGAUCUUGCCAAACUAACCUGAUCACCUUCUAUGACAAAGUGACUCGACUACUGGAUGGGGGAAAGGCUGUGGAUGGAGUCUUCUUGGGCUUCUGUAAAGCCUUUGACACAGUUUCUCACAGCAUUCUGCUGCAGAAACUGUCAGCCUCUGGCCUGGACAGGCGCACACUCUCCUGCGUCGAAAACUGUUUGGAUGGCCCAGAGAGCGGUGGUCAAUGGAGUUAACUCCAGCUGGAGGCAGUCACAAGUGGGGUUCCCCAGGGCUCAGUACUGGGUCCAGCCCUGUUCAAUGUCUUUAUCAAUGACCUGGAUGAAGGCAUUGAGUGCACCCUCAGCAAGUUUGCGGAUGACACUGAGCUGGGUGGAAGUGUGGAUCUGCUGGAGGGUAGGGAGGCUCCAAAGGGGUUCUGAACAGGCUGGACCGCUGGGCUGAGGCCAAUGGUGUGAGGUUUAACAAGGCCAAAUGCCGGGUCCUGCACUUGGGGAACAACAACCCAAUGCAGUGUUACAGACUGGGGGAAGAUGGCUGGAGAGCUGCACGGAGGAGAGGGACCUGGGGGUAAUGGUUGGCAGCCGACUGAACAUGAGCCAGCAGUGUGCCCAGGUGGCCAAGAAGGCCAAUGGCAUCUUGGCUUGGAUCAGAAAUGGGGUCACCAGCAGGUCCAGGGAGGUUAUUCUCCCUCUGUACUCAGCACUGGUGAGACCACACCUUGAGUACUGUGUUCAGUUCUGGGCCCCUCACCACAAGAAGGAUGUUGAGGCUCUGGAGCGUGUCCAGAGAAGAGCAAUGAAGCUGGUGAGGGGCUGGAGAACAAGUCUUACGAGGAGCGGCUGAGAGAGCUGGGGUUGUUUAGCCUGGAGAAGAGGAGGCUGAGGGGAGACCUUAUUGCUCUCUACAACUACCUGAAAGGAGGUUGUGGAGAGGAGGGAGCUGGGCUCUUCUCCCAAGUGACAGAGGACAGGACAAGGGGGAAUGGCCUGAAGCUCCGCCAGGGGAGGAUCAGGCUGGAUAUCAGGAAAAAAUGUCAAUGUGAGAGAAAGAGCCAGAGAGGCUGGCACCACAAAGCACACAUAAGGGCAAUGAUUUUCAGACAAAAUGUUUAAGGGUUAGGGUCAUUAGGGUUAGGGUUAGGGUCAUUGUUAGGGUUAGGAUUAGGGUUAGAGUCAUUAGGGUUAGGGUUAGUGUUAGGGUUAAGCAGAGAGAAUAGAGACGGGGUGAGAUAUAGACAGAGAGAAAGGGCACGGGUUGAGAUAUGAGCAGAGAGAACAAGGACGGGUUGAGAUAUGGGCAGAGAGAUCAGACACAGGGUGAGAUAUGGGGACAGGUUGAGAUAUCAGCAGAGAGGACAGGGACAGGGUGAGGUACAGGUGGAGGGAUCGCAUACAGGGUGAGAUACAGGCAGAGAGAAUGGGGACGGGUUGAGAUACAGGGAAAAAGAUUGGAUAUGGGGUGAGAUAAAGGCUGAGAGAUCGGAGAGUGAGUUAGAUACGAGCAGAGAGUAUGGGGACGGGUUGAGAUACAGCCAGAAACAGUGGGGAGGGGUUGAGAUAUGGCAGAGAGAAUGGGGACAUGGUGAGAUACAGGCAGAGAGAAUGGAUACGGGUUGAGAUACAGGCAAAAAGAUUGGAUAUGGGGUGAGAUAAGGGCAGAGAGAAUGGAGACGGGGUGAGAUACAGGCAGAGAGAUCGGAUACUGAGUGAGAUACAGGCAGAGAGUACGGAUACCGGUUGAGAUAUGUAACUUCUUGUUACAGAAGCAGGAUAGACAAAGAACAGUGACGGCCUUGGUGGCAAAGGCCAAGUGUAUUCACACACACUAUCCAGAGCCCCAAACAAUCAGCUAACAUAGUACUUGUUAGCAGAGAAACAGCCAGGAGAGAGAAGACUGUCUCCAGGAUCUGCCAAUUCAGUAAGCACACAGCAGGAAGGAGUACAUCUCAUCAGGAUCCAUUAGUCCCAACGCACUCUGCAGAGAGCACGGCCCAUCAUAGCCCUGGAAGUCAAGGCGAGGUCAAAGGGCUCCUUUUAAAGAGACAUCCUCAGCCACAGAUAGAAUCAGGAGACCCAAGAGGAACACAGAAAAGGCCGCUCUGUUGCUCCUCGGGGUGAAUCGGAAUCGCACCACUGAUCAAUUCCCACAGGAAUUAGCAGCCCCAUCUCUUAAAGAUCAGCCGCCACUCCAAAGCCACUUCACACCGCUUCCUUCUUGGAGCCGUUUGAGUAACGAACCAGUGACGGGCGUUGAGCAGGAAGGGGGACAACGACAGA